UUCUUAUCAAACCGCCAUUUCUCCGUACAGUCUAGACAGAGAAAGCUUGAUCAGAGAUAUGGAUAAAGCAAUUGAGAGACAAAGAGUUUUAUUGGAGCAUCUUCGUCCUUCUUCUUCAUCGUCUUCCUUAGAGAACAUCGGAUCUUCACUCUCUGCAUCUGCAUGUGCGGCUGGGGAUAGUGCUUCUUAUCAGAGGACUUCUGUUUAUGGAGAUGAUGUGGUUAUAGUAGCUGCAUACCGAACCCCACUUUGCAAGUCAAAGAGGGGAGGUUUUAAAGAUACCUAUGCUGAUGAUCUGCUUGCCCCUGUUCUUAAGGCAUUAAUUGAGAAAACAAAUUUGAAUCCGAGUGAAGUUGGGGAUAUUGUUGUGGGUACAGUUCUGGCUCCAGGUUCUCAAAGAGCUGCUGAAUGCAGGACAGCUGCAUUUUUUGCUGGUUUUCCUGAAACUGUGCCUAUAAGAACUGUGAAUAGGCAAUGUUCAUCAGGGUUGCAAGCUGUGGCAGAUGUUGCUGCUGCCAUUAAAGCUGGUUUUUAUGAUAUUGGAAUUGGUGCUGGUUUGGAAUCAAUGACAGCUAACCCAAUGGGUUGGGAGGGAUCCAUCAAUCCAAGAGUGAAAUCAAUGCGUUCCGCCCAAGAUUGUCUUCUUCCAAUGGGUGUGACAUCUGAAAACGUUGCUCACCGUUUUGGUGUAACAAGGCAGGAGCAAGACCAGGCUGCUGUUGAUUCACACAGAAAGGCUGCUGCGGCCACUGCUUCUGGUAAAUUCAAAGAUGAGAUUAUCCCUGUCUCAACUAAGAUCAUUGACCCAAAAACUGGAGAUGAAAAACCAGUUACCAUCUCUGUUGAUGAUGGAAUUAGGCCAAAUGCCACAGUAUCAGACUUGGCAAAGCUGAAGGCAGUGUUCAAGAAAGAUGGAACUACAACUGCUGGAAAUUCUAGCCAAAUCAGCGAUGGUGCUGGUGCUGUUCUCCUCAUGAAGAGAAGUACUGCAAUCCAAAAGGGAUUGCCAAUUUUAGGAGUAUUCAGGACAUUUGCUGCUGUGGGUGUUGAUCCUUCCAUCAUGGGUGUUGGCCCUGCUUUUGCUAUUCCUGCUGCUGUUAAGGCUGCUGGCCUUGAACUCAAUGAUAUUGACCUUUUUGAGAUAAAUGAGGCAUUUGCAUCACAAUUUGUGUACUGCCGAAAACACCUAGGUCUUGAUCAAGAGAAGAUUAAUGUCAAUGGUGGUGCUAUGGCUAUUGGUCAUCCUUUGGGUGCAACAGGAGCUCGAUGUGUAGCAACAUUACUACACGAGAUGAAACGUCGAGGAAAAGAUUGCAGAUUUGGUGUGAUAUCGAUGUGCAUAGGCACAGGAAUGGGGGCAGCUGCAGUGUUUGAAAGUGGGGACUGCUCUGAUGAACUCUGCAAUGCAAAGAAGACCAGCAACAACAGUCUUUUGUCCAAGGAUGCUCUAUAAUAAGUAUGUUUUUAUCUUUCAUAUUUCCCUAUAUUAUUAUUUAAACUUAAAUAAGAGAGGGUUUUCUUGUUUUUUUUGCUGCAAUAAUAAGUUGGUGUUACAACCAAUGUCUGUUUAAUGUUGUGGGAUUUUUUCUUUGAUGAAAGAAACAUAUAGAAUCUCUUUGUUUUUGUUUUGUAUUAGAACCCAAAAGAAUUUGUCUUUUUUACUUUAU